CGGCUUCCUCAUUUACUCUGCACUCUCAGAUUAUCCGGAAGACGAAACAACGAAGGGCGACAAUUUUGGAAACACAGAGUGAGAGAGAACGAGAGAGAGAAGAGAAGAAGGAGAGAGCUUGUUGAUAGGUUAAGUUUACUUCCAGAAGAAGAAGAAGAAAGGAAGAAGUAGAAAGCGAAGCUCGAGGGGAUCGGAAAAGUGAAUGACGAGUGAGCUACAGUUACCACCAGGUUUCAGAUUUCACCCCACUGAUCUGGAGUUGGUGAAUCAUUAUCUCUGUAGGAAAUGUGCGUCUCUGCCUCUCGCAGUUCCUAUUAUUAGGGAGAUCGAUCUCUACAAGUUUGAUCCAUGGCAGCUCCCAGAACUUGCUCUGUACGGUGAAAAGGAGUGGUAUUUCUUCUCCCCAAGGGACAGGAAAUACCCAAACGGUUCCCGACCGAACCGGGCUGCUGGAAACGGGUACUGGAAGGCGACCGGAGCCGACAAGCCCAUUGGCAAGCCGAAGCCCUUGGGAAUCAAGAAAGCACUUGUUUUCUAUGCCGGCAAAGCCCCCAAAGGAGUCAAAACCAACUGGAUCAUGCACGAAUACCGCCUUGCAAAUGUAGAUAGGUCUGCCGGAAAGAAAAACAACUCCAGGCUUGACGAUUGGGUCUUAUGUCGAAUCUACAACAAGAGAGGCACAGUGGAGAAAAGCUAUACUACGACGGAGCAAAAGAUGGCAAGUUUCCCGGAAGUCGAGGAGCAGAAACCAAAAAUUAUGAUGCCGGCCGGGCAGAACAUAGCACCGUCACCGAUGAUCGGUAACUACCAAUUACACACGGAGACGACGUCGGAUUCGGCGCCGAGGUUGCACACGGAGUCGAGCAGCUCGGAACAGGUGGUGUCGCCGGACGUGACGUGGGAGAAAGAGGUCCAGAGCGAGAUGGAGAGUGGCUUCAAUUAUUUUGAUAAUCUUCAGUUCAAUUUCAUGGAUGGGUUUGCAGAGGACCCUUUUGCGUCUCAAGUUCAGUACCAAAUGGACCAGCUCUCACCUCUUCUGGACAUGUCCAUGUACCUGCAGAAGCCAUUUUAACCUAAUGGUUGAGAUCUAUUUAGAUGAAUUGGGACCCUCCAAAAUGUGGGCGGCCCCAAAAAAUAUGUUGAUUCGUUUUAUUGUUCUAUACAGUAGUACAGUUCCAUGGUGGAACCAGACAAUCUUUGUCUGAGUUUGUGCACGUGCGAAAGAGAUCCAAUGUGAUCUCUCAACCGGACGUGUUAGAUCUUCUGUGUUAAUAUGUGUCGACCCAUGUAGGAGAAUUGUCGAAUCUUUCAACUCUUGAAAAUCGUAGCAAAUAUAUAUUGAAAUUUCUAAAAAGAAA